UCUUUCUCCAUUGGCUCCCGGUGAGCUGUGCGCGCAGCCCUCACACAGCAGAAGCCGUCAAACACAGUGCGCGCAGCCGUCUGUGUGGAACCAUCCCACGCGUCCCUCCAGUGGCCGGACUCCGCUUUCCCACGCUGCUCCGAGGACUGAGAAAGACACGAUGGAGAAAAUGAGCGAGAUCAACGGACACGCGUUGCCAAAGUCGGACUCCACCGACAAGAUGAUGAAGAAGAGCGCGCAGAAGAGGUUCUUGGAGAAGUCGACGGUGUGCCUGAGCAAGAACCUGCUCGUUAUCAUGACGGUGUCCGGCGUGCUGGUGGGCGUCGGGCUGGGCAUGAUGGUCCGCAACAUGAACCUGACCAAAGCGCAGAUGACCUAUUUCGCCUUCCCCGGAGAGAUGCUCCUCCGGAUGCUGAAGAUGAUCAUCCUGCCGCUCGUGGUCUGCAGCCUCAUCUCCGGCGCCGCCAGCCUGGACACGCGCUCCCUGGGCAAACUGGGUGGCAUCGCGGUCGCCUACUUUCUGGUGACCACGCUGAUCGCCUCGAGCAUCGGGGUGGCCCUGGCUUUCAUUAUCAAGCCCGGCGUGGGCGCGGGGGGGCUGAACACCAACAACCUGGGACUGGAGAGCAUCACCAACGACAAGGAGACCGCCGACUCGUUCCUGGAUCUGGCCAGGAAUUUAUUCCCAUCAAACCUGGUGGCUGCUGCUUUCCGCUCUUAUGCCACCGACUACAAGAUGGUUGCUGUGGGGAACGACACCAAUGGGACCAUCCUCUAUCAAAAGGUUCCUGUCGGCUCAGAAAUAGAGGGCAUGAACAUCUUGGGUCUGGUUUUAUUUGCCAUGGUGUUUGGUGUGGCUCUGAAAAAGCUGGGAGAGGAGGGAGAGGAACUCAUUCGCUUCUUCAAUGCUUUCAAUGAGGCUACCAUGGUGCUGGUGUCCUGGAUCAUGUGGUAUAUCCCCUUUGGCAUCAUGUUCCUGGUGGGCAGUAAGAUUGUUGAGAUGGAAGAUGUGGUUCUUCUGGUCACCAGUCUGGGAAAAUACAUUUUUGCUUCGAUCUUGGGCCACAUCAUCCACGGAGGCAUUGUCCUGCCUCUCAUCUACUUCGGCUUCACACGCAAGAACCCCUUCAGUUUCCUGUCAGGACUCAUCACACCCUUCACCACUGCCUUCGCCACCUGCUCCAGUUCCGCAACUCUUCCUUCAAUGAUAAAGUGCGUCGAGGAAAAUAAUGGUGUGGACAAACGAAUCAGCCGUUUCAUCCUUCCCAUUGGAGCCACAGUUAACAUGGAUGGGGCAGCCAUUUUCCAGUGCAUUGCUGCGGUCUUCAUUGCUCAGCUCAAUAAUGUUGACCUGAACGCCGGACAGAUCUUCACCAUCCUGGUAACAGCCACAGCCUCCAGUGUCGGUGCAGCAGGCAUCCCAGCUGGCGGCAUCAUCACCAUCGCCAUCAUCCUGGAGGCCAUCGGCCUGCCAACCAAUGAUCUGUCCCUCAUGCUGGCUGUUGACUGGAUUGUUGACCGUACCACCACUGUGGUGAACGUGGAGGGUGAUGCUCUGGGUGCUGGAAUCCUCCACCACAUCAACCAAAAGGAGAUGAAGAAGAAGCAGGAGCAGCAGCAGCAGCAGGAUGAGGAGCUGGCGGAGGUCCGGGUGGAGGCAGUGGCAAACGGCCAGGCAGAGGAGGAGACCUCGCCACUAGUAAUGCACCAAAUCAAAGGUUUAGAGAGCACGCCGGAAGCUAUCGAAUCUGUCCUGUGAACUCAGCAAGACCUUUAAACAAUUCUGACAUUGUUGCUGAGGGGACACAUUUCUAACUCAGUGUCCAAUGAAAAAAAACAAGGUCUAUAAUGGUUUCAGUUGUAAAGAAAAGUGCCAUAGUAACAGCAUUGACAGUCCACAGUGUACUUGCUGCUGCUUUUUCAAAAUUUGGUCACUUGGACUAACGUCUCAAUAGUUGGAUUUCCAACCAAGUGUUUAAAUGCAAUUGGGAUGAUGGAUGUGAAAUCAUUAACCUUGAAAACAAUUCCUCAGUAUUGCAAAAACAUUCUUUUAAUUUUCACUCAAAGCAGAGUUUUUGUACUUCUUAAUCUUUAUUAAAGCAUUUUGUGGUAGACAGUAAUGGAAACACACUGUAAAAUAUCUUUAAACCAUUCCCAGAAAUGUCAUAGUUCUGUAUCUGUGUCUAAUGCGUGAUUGGAGAUGCUCAUAGCCAUGAUUUUGUAUGUCAGAGCAUUAUCCAGUGCAUUUCUUUGUUUUUAUCUUCAGACACCAAAAAAGUGACAAACUAUAAAAAUGUACUGUUUUCCAAAUUCUGAAUAGUUCAAAUAUCUGCGAGGGUCUGUCAUAGCUUGUAGUUUAAUGUUUAGGAAAGUCAAUGAACUCGACUGGGGGAGACCAAAUUAUCUCUGUCUGUCGAAGUCAGAAUGAAAAAGGAACUUUUGUUCCCAGGUUGAAGUAAUGGUCACAAUCAGGAGACAUGUUUGCAGGAUGCUCCCAGUCUUUUGUUUGCUGACCAUCAGUUGACAAUGUCAAACAUUAACCCUUCAAAUGAAAGGUUAAGAAUUUGGCCAAUUUUUGGCCAAUUUGCCUCAUGCAACAUGUUGACCCAGAGUCCCUAGCUACUCAGCUGGCUCAGAAUGGUCAGUUAAAUGCUGGACCAAUGUCGAGUAAACAUACUCAUAGUAAAUGAGAAAAACCCCUGGAAAACCCCUGUCUAGUCCGUUUAUCCCAAAUAAACAUAAUGUUGCGUUAUUUAAAUGGUUCUCUAAUCCUCUUAAAUAGCCAAACAGAAACAUGAUAAGCCAGGAAUAUGACCAGACGUCAUCUCCCAUUUCAAUAAUAGCGACACUCUGAAGACCCAGUCCUCUCAGCUAACUUUCUAAAGUUGCAGUUAUGCACCAAGGAGUUUGAAAAGCAGCUUGUUUGUUUUGAUGUUUGUUUGCUAGUUCGCCAGCUAAAGCAGUGUUAACAUGCAGCUGUCAAUUAACUACGACUAAUUCUCUUAUUAGCUAAUUAUGGUAAUGAUAUAUAUCAGGUUUUCAGACCAACCUGAUACUUUGGUUGGCAAGAUACUAGAUGUAUCUAUGGUGGAAAACAAUGAAUCCCACUCAAAACCAGAAGAGUUAAGCUCAUCUGUUCAGUCCUGCUGAGAAAGCAGAGUAAUAACUGGAUUAAUACCAUUCUAAGCCAAAGUUAAAGACCUGUAUCAUGGCUGGAGUUCUAAAACCCUGCUGUACGUUAGCAUGCCUGUUCUUUUGUUCCCUUGUCUCAAAGAUAAGGUUUUUUGUUAGCUGCCUGAAAUAAGGUCUGUGGUUAACAUUUUGCCAUUCAUUUCUUUAUUCAAUAUAAAAGUGGCGUUGGCUUUUUGUCCAGGUAACAAGGGUGAUGCUUACUGUGCAUUCAUAUGCAUUUCCAGAUUUGUGAAGCCAUAGUUCCUGACUUCAGUGUGUUUAAAAUAAUUUAAAACAUACUGUAUAUAUUAUAAAAUUAUGUUUAUUUGUUCAUAAGUGAUAAUGUCAGCAACUUGGCAACUCAUGUUGUUUAGACUUAUGAUGGCGUUCACGGGAAUUUUCCAAGCUGGAAACAUUUUUUGGGAUAUUGCGACACAACUUGAAUGCUCAAUAAUUUCCAGGUUGGCAUUUCUAGGUCUCAUAGGAUCUGAUAUUGCCAGUCAUUGACAGAAUUACAUAUGGUCAAAUAUUAGUACUGUAAACACACUGGUGAGACAUCAUAAAAACACUCCAGUCCCCCAUUUAUCCAAGAACACACAUUUUACCUGUGGUUGUCAGUGUAGUUGUCGAGAUUCACUCAAAAAGCCUCGUCAUUUGUUUACACUAACACUGAACCUAAACUGAAAUGAUGAGUUUGCAAUAUACUAUAAUGCCGUUCUUUUGCGAAUGCAUUCUCUGACUUAGUACAGAUGUUUCUCAGUUGUGUCUCAAAGGCAAAGCGUGCAUCAAACUAAACUUCAUUGGAAUUGGUUGAUAGCAAACAUGAAGUUAGCUAAUUCUUGCAUUUUAAUUGUUGAAUUGUUAGGUGCAACCCACUCCCUGUCAGAAUCCAUCAAUCUUACCACUGACAUCUUCAAUCUGUGGGAUAAACUAUUAGCUGUGGUUGCUCUAAAGGGAACAUUGGUCACUGCCAUACUGGUGGCUUACUUGAUUUUUUAAGUGUGCAGUAGGAACUGCUCCAAAUAACUGACAGGCGCUUUCCCUUGAUCUAAGAAUACACGUCUCCUUUUAGGACACAGUUAUUGUCUGAUAGAAGAGCCUGUGCUGCCCUCUAGUGGUGAUAGGUAUUAAUGUGAAACAAACAUUUUUUAAGGGUGUUUGCAUCUUAGAGCUGUGGUGUCUAUACAUUUUCAGAUGAUGUAGCUGAACGAUAUCAGUUACAUCUCCUAUUUAUUUGAUCUAUUAUUAUUUGGGUGGAGGAGCUGUUGAUAAGGCCACUUCAUUUCUCACCCUUUUAGAGCUGAAGGAUCUCUGUGUAUAUGAAAUUUCAUUCAUGUCGCUGUCAUUUUAUUUCUGAGUAACUCAUUAUGACGUGGUGGUGCUCCUUGUGUUUUGGAUCAUGCUGCUCUUAAGAUGGAGUAAACCAGUGUGUCUGAACAUUUCUUUUUCUUCAUGUCAGACUUUUCUAAGCUAACUCCUGCUCUUUUAACCUAAACUGAACUGUAUGUGUAGAUUCUGAGUUUAUCUGAUACAAUAAUUACAUGCAUUAUGCGACAUAUAUAUUUGAUAUUAAUUUAUUGUAAUUGUUUUAACUUUUUGUAUUAUUUGUACUUUCACCUUGCAACACUUUACCUUGGUGUCAACAUUUUUAAAUGAUCCUACCUGAUAACAAAUUGUUGAAACAUUGUUUUAAUUUGUAAUGUUUUUAAAUGAAUUACCGUCUACCUUGCCUGUGCCAUGUCACUGUCUAACACUUUAGUGCUGUCUCAAUGCUCCCUCUGUCUGUCAACAUUAAAAGUGGUACAGUAAAAUGUUUCAUGCAACCAAAA